GCGCUCGCUCGGGGUGCGGGCGAGGAAGAGCCCGGGUCGGGCGCCUGAAGCGGAGCGGCGCUCGUCUGCGUGGCCUCGGCCUCGGCCUCUCCCCAGGCUCCGCCUUGGCUUCUUCUGGAUCCCUGGGAGACAGCACCGCCUUCCUCCUCUCCUCGAGCCCUUGAGACAAGCCAGGGUUUGGAGAGGCGGCUUUGGAAAGUGCGGACAAGCCACCCUCCAUCUCUCUGAAGCUUGGACUCUUCUCCCUCUCUGUUGGAUUUUCCACACAAGCAGGGGCUUCUGGUCCCUGAAGUGGGCUUGGAAGACCCCCAGAAGAAGGGAGUCGGCGCCCGCCCGCCCGCCUUGCUCUCCCCGCCUCCGAGUCCGGGUCUCCCCGGGUGGGUUUGGCGGCAGGCUGCAGGACCCGCUUGCCUUCCUUCCUUCCUUCCCUCUCCCCUUUGGACCCCCGGGAGUGGGGCGAAGAAGGGCAAGGAGAGACCCACCCAGGCAGCCAAGGCAACCCUUUUUGCCUCCCUUCACCCCCAGAGGAAGUUUGGCUCCAUCAUCCAGGGUGCUCCCACGGCCUGAUGGGUUUCUGAUAGUCUCCUGCUGACAAGCUGGGAAGAGCAUGGUCAAACACCAGCCUCUACAGUACUAUGAGCCACAGUUAUGUUUGUCAUGUCUGACGGGGAUCUAUGGCUGCCGCUGGAAAAGAUACCAGCGGUCACAUGAUGACACCACCAAGUGGGAACGCCUCUGGUUCUUAAUCCUCACGUUUUCUUUCAUCCUGACCCUGGUCUGGUUUUAUUUCUGGUGGGAAGUUCACAAUGACUACAAUGAAAUCAACUGGUUUUUAUACAAUCGAAUGGGAUACUGGAGUGACUGGACCAUUCCAAUCCUUGUCACCACGGCUACUGGCUUCACAUAUAUCACAGCUUUAUUGAUUUUAGCUCUGUGCCACAUAGCAGUAGGACAACAAAUGAACUUGCACUGGAUCCACAAGAUUGGCUUGGUGACAACCUUGAUAUCAACCGUCAUCACAAUGUGCUCGAUAGCCCAGCUGUGGGACGAUGAGUGGGACAUGGUGGUUAUAUCACUACAAGCAACGGCUCCCUUCCUGCACAUCGGGGCCCUUGUGGCUGUGACGGCGCUCUCCUGGUUGAUCUCUCUCCAGUUUGCAAGAUCUGAAAGAGCCACUUCUCAGGUGCUGACAUUUGCAGCCUACUUUGCGGUGGUCCUUGCUCUUUACCUUAUCCCGCUCACCAUUUCUUCCCCUUGCAUCAUGGAGAGGAAAGACCUGGGACCCAAGCCUGCCAUUAUUGGUCAUGGUGGAGCUCCCAUGCUGGCACCAGAAAACACGUUGAUGUCCUUUCAGAAGGCAGUGGAGCAGAAAGUCUAUGGAGUGCAAGCAGAUGUAGUGAUAAGUUAUGAUGGAGUACCUUUCCUAAUGCAUGACAAGACAUUACGGAGGACAACUAACGUGGAAGAAGUGUUUCCACAACUCACUUAUGAACAUGCUUCCAUGUUCAACUGGACUGACUUGGAGGUGCUCAAUGCUGGUGAAUGGUUCCUAAGGACCGAUCCUUUCUGGACCGCCAACUCCCUCUCCCGUUCCGAUUACGUGAAGGCUGCCAACCAGUCCAUCUGCAAACUGUCUGACCUGCUGGAGAUGGUGAAGGGCAAUGCCAGUGUCCUCCUCAACCUCCAGAAUCUGCCCCUGGACCAUCCCUACUACAGCUCCGCCGUCAACAUCACUUUGGAAACGGUCCUCGAAUCGGGCAUCCCUCAGCAGGCUGUAAUGUGGUUGUCCAAUUCGGACCGGACGAUAGUUCAGGAAAUGGCUCCCGGUUUCCAGCAGACCUCCGGCAUCAAGGGAGACGCACAGCAGCUGCGGGACAGAGGUUUCCAGAAGCUGAACCUGCGCUACACCAAGGUCACCGGUGACGAUAUCAGGGAAUACGCAGCCGCAAACCUGAGUGUGAACCUGUACAUUGUGAACGAACCCUGGCUUUACUCCAUCCUUUGGUGCAGCGGGGUCCAGUCGGUCACCUCGGACAACGUGCUCACCCUCAGCAAGAUGUCUUCUCCUUCCUGGAUGAUGACUCCGGAUGAAUACUAUCUGAUGUGGAUCAUCGCUGAUCUCAUUUCAUUUCUCAUCAUCACAGGAGUGUUCAUAUUCCAGAACUAUCACAUGAUCAGGUGGCGCUUUGGGAGCAUCCGGACAUACAACCCGGAGCAAAUCAUGCUCAGCGCCGCUGUCCGGAGGUCAAGUCGGGAUGUCAACAUCAUGAAAGAGAAGCUCAUCUUUUCAGGUUCUAGCCACUGAGUGGCACCAAAGCCAUUGCCAUUUUCUUUUCUUAAGCCCGCAAGAAAUCAACAGCGGAGUGGAAAUGACCGACGAGCUCUCCCUCUGCUCCGACAAUGGCUAUGCCAAUGAAGGUGUGACCCCCAUGGACCACCGAGAGGUCAAGCUCCGCAUUGACUGAGGCUGCCAGGCGGGAAGGAGCUGGUGGUCUCCACAACCCUAUCCCCAUCUCCAUCCCAAAACCCCCCACCUGCUCCUUGGUGCAAGCAGCUCUUCGGUGAGCUGCCUGGGACUCAGACUUCCUUCUCCCCGACUCUUCAUGCAAUGGACUAUUGUGAGGGUGGCCUGGUGCCUCUCCAGAAACUGAAGCUGGGCUGGGUUUCUUCAGAACACUUUUUUGUUGUUGUAAAUAUGUCCCCUUUUUUGUGUCCCUUUUCUUGCCCACAGUUGGGGUGGGUUGGGUGGGUUGGCGGGGAGGAACGGGCCUGUCGAUGAGGAGAAAACAGGUGACCGGACAUGGUGCCUCCCAGUUGUCUUGGGCAUCAUGGCAGGCCGGUGGUGGAACCAACCCUGUUGUCUCCUCUCCUCCUCUCCUUGGCGCAGCAAUUCUUAGCUGAACUUAUUUAAAGAUGGAUGUUGUGAAA